UAUAAAUAUGAGGGCCUUUCCCUUUUGUCGAUCACCAGCAAACUCAUCCAACUCCUAUCUCCCCUCCUCUUCUUCACCUCCUGCACUGCAUUUUCCUCCAGAAAGGGUUGUAAUGGCUGCCCUUAUGUUCUCUGGGAUUAGACCAGCUUCUUUCUUCCUCUUGAUUGCCUUCCUUGCUUUUUCUCCUGCCGGCUGUUACGGCGAUUAUGGAUGGCAGGGUGGGCAUGCCACUUUCUAUGGCGGUGGUGAUGCAACUGGCACCAUGGGGGGAGCUUGCGGAUAUGGCAACCUGUACAGCCAGGGCUACGGCACGCUGACUGCUGCUCUCAGCACUGCUCUCUUUAAUGAUGGCCUUAGCUGUGGGUCAUGCUAUGAGAUGAGGUGCAACGCCGAUCCCAGGUGGUGCCGGCCGGGCAGCAUCACGGUCACUGCCACCAACUUCUGCCCACCCAACUUCGCCUUGGCUAAUAACAAUGGGGGGUGGUGCAACCCUCCCCUGCAGCACUUCGACUUGGCGGAGCCUGCUUUCCUGCAGAUCGCCGAGUACAGAGCCGGAAUUGUGCCGGUAGCAUUCAGAAGGGUUCCAUGCAUGAAGAAAGGAGGAAUAAGGUUCACCAUCAAUGGCCACUCCUACUUCAACCUGGUGCUCAUCACCAACGUCGGCGGUGCAGGGGACGUCCAUGCGGUGUCCAUAAAGGGGUCGAGAACAGGGUGGCAGUCCAUGUCCAGGAAUUGGGGCCAGAACUGGCAGAGCAACUCCUACCUCAACGGCCAAACCCUCUCCUUCCGGGUCACCACCAGUGACGGCAAGACGGUCACCAGCUACAAUGUGGCGCCUGCUAAUUGGCAAUUUGGCCAGACCUAUGAGGGUGGUCAGUUCUAGAAAUUGAAAAAGAGGGCUGAAAAUUCACUUUUCUUUUGGAAUGACUGUAACGCCAUGGCCAUUAACGCAGAGGUGGCUCUUAGCGCCCGCGAGGCUAUGCUUAUAAAACUUAGAAUAGGUAAUAUAUGUGUAUAUGUCUUUUAUGAUUCUUUUUAUGGGGUAGCAUUAUUUGCACUUAAAGUGCAAGCAGGCAAAUAGCAUUUGGGAAAUUAUAUAAUUAGAGUUGUUAAACUGA